AUCAAAUCCCUUUAUAAUAAUGUAAAAAUAAUAUAACUCUCCUUUCUCCUUUACCCUCUCCGUCUCCUUCUCGUCCACCAACCCGAUUCCUCGGAUCCAUCAUUACUUCAUUUAUGGAGCCGGCCGUAUUGCAAUUCUAGAGACAGAGAGAGAGCUUUGUAAAGGAGUACAAAAACAAACUUUUGAAAGGGCGGCAGCUUGCUCGAUCUGUCGGCGGCGGCGGGGGAUUUUCCUUUCUUUCACAGGCAUGGAAUUCGAGGUCUCGGCUCCAAGUCCGCUUUCGCCGUCACCGUCCAAGGCGUGCGACCUUGAGAUGGAGAAGGGAGAGGAGAAAUUGGACAAGGAUCGCCUUCGUGUCAAGAGGAAAACCUUACAAACUGUGCUUGAGCAGUGUCAGAGAGCCCUCGAAUUGCUCAACAACGCCGACGGCGCUGCUCUUGCUGCCGCUGAUGAUGAUGAUGAUGACCAUGUCCCUGACCUCGAGGUGUUUAGGGAUAAGGAAUUCAGUCGCCAGAGCUCGCUGGGUUCUCUCAGCGAUCGAGAAGCUGAUGAGUUAUGUGACCUUCUCAAGUCUAGAGUUGAAUGCUCCGACUUUCUUGAAAAGCUAGAGUGUGCCCAAGCUUCUGUUCCACAUGAAAUUAUUGGAGAAGAAUGUAGUUCUUGGGACAUGGUCAAUGAGAAUGAUCUUUGGGAAGGUGAAAUGGGUCAUUCAGAACAAGAAGACUUUGUUCUUGUUCGGCAAGAAGAUAUAGUAGACGGUAUUGCAUGCUUCAUGGCUGCUUAUCUUUGUUCCCUUAAACAGACUAAGGUGUGGAACAUUUCUACUUUUUGCCGCAUAUGCUGUUUAUUUGUUGCAGUAACGAGCAUGCUAAUUAAUGUUAGAUAGCAUUUUCAUCAUCCUCUUACUGCUUAGAGGAAGUCUGUGAUACUAACUCAUUUGUAUCUCAUGUUCACAGGACCUGACCCCGAAUCAACUUCAGGAAGCCCUCAGCAAAACAUUCUCUGUUAAAAAGAACAAGGGAAAGCUUCGGAAGGCUUGGGAUGGAAGCAAAGUAAUUUACAAUGUAGCGUCUUGGGGAGCAACAGCCAUCGGGAUAUACCAGAACCCGGUAAUACUGAGGGCUGCCACUAACGCCUUCUGGACCUCAUGCCACAUUAUCUCAAAGAUUCUCUGAGUUAGGAUGUUGUGUGGGUUAGGACUUUAGGAGAACAGCCCCGUCGUUGGGAUUCAUGCAGCUCACUGUGUUAUCAUAUCAAUGCUUGUUCAGGCAGCUAAUGUUGUAUGCCAAUUCUUUGUGUUGUUCCACACAAUGAUUUGAUUUCCGCUUAUGUGAUUUAUCUUGUAAAUAUCUGUGUUGGGUGCUAAGUGUUCUGCUGCUGACUGAAAUCUAAGUUCAUUGCUAGGAAGGAUCCUCUGCUUGUGGUAAGUCCUAUCACAACGUCUCGUUUUAGAUCUGAUGUUAUUGUCCGGGAAGGCCACCCUCUCUGUAAAUAUUCGAUCUUAUGAAGUUUGAGUUGGCAAUGCUGUUGUAAGUAGUGACUCAAUUAUUUUCCAUUCAAAAUAUAGCAGUGCGCAUUUUGGUGAGC